GUACAACAAACCUCGAAAAGAGCAGCGAAGAGCUCGAGCCGGGCCACUCACAGCCGUUCAAACCUGGAGUGACCCCCACCCCCUGCCUCUACCACACACAAAACUCGGACGGGCGCGCGUGAUCAGAGAGGACAUAAAGCUUUUGGUGAGCACGCAUCCAACGGCGGCGGGGCUUCUUCCGUGCAACCAUGGUUGUGAUGACAACGCGACACCACAUGUUCCGCCUGCUCGGCACCGUAGCGCGAGGCAGCACUGCUUCAGGUUUCCGCAACUCGCCCAGGCCGGGGAUAGGAGGGAAAGCAGGAGGGGGGCCGGCCACGACUGCUCUAUUCUGCAUCUCGGCCCUUUGGAGCGUGGGCCAAACGGUUUCUUUCGCUACUGUCAGGACACCUCAAGCUAUGUCUACCGCCGUUGAUGCAACGCGUGACAGCGUAAAGGAGUACUACGGGAAGAUCCUGACCAAGAGCGACGACCUCAAGACGAACGCGUGCACGACGGACGCCAACAUGCCGGACAGCGUCAAGGCGGUGAUGCCGCUGCUCAACGACGAGGUCAUCGCCAAGUACUACGGCUGCGGCAUCGUCAUGCCGGAGGCGCUGGAGGGUUGCAACGUGCUCGACCUCGGCUGCGGGGCCGGCAGAGAUUGCUACAUCAUCUCCAAGCUCGUCGGGCCCGAGGGUAGGGUGGUCGGCGUGGACAUGACGGACGAGCAGCUGGAGGUGGCCAACCGCCACGUGGACUUCCACACCAAGUCGUUCGGGUACGACAAGCCGAACGUGGAGUUCAAGAAGGGCUACAUCGAGAAGCUCGCCGACCUCGGGCUCCCGGACAACUACUUCGACGUGAUCGUGUCGAACUGCGUCAUCAACCUCUCCCCGGACAAGGACGCCGUCCUGCGGGAGGCCUACCGCGUGCUCAAGCCCGGCGGAGAGCUGUACUUCUCCGACGUCUACUCGGACCGGAGGGUGCCGCAGGACCUGGUGGACGACCCGGUCCUCUUCGGGGAGUGCCUGUCGGGCGCCCUCUACUGGAACGACUUCCUCACCAUCGCGCGCAGGCACGGGUUCAACGACCCGCGACUCGUCAGCGACUCCAGAAUCACCGUCUCCAACAAGAAGAUCGAGAAGAGGGUUGGGCACAUCGGCUUCUUUUCGGCGACGUACCGCCUCUUCAAGCUGCCGGAGCUGGAGCGGGACUGCGAGGACUACGGCGAGGCGGUGGUGUACAAGGGGACGAUGGCCUCCUCCCCACAGUCCUUCACCCUGGACAACCACCACACCAUGGACACCGGGCGAGUGUUCCCCGUCUGCCGGAACACGCUGCACAUGCUCAUGGGGACGCGCUUCGCGCGCUACUUUGACAAGGUCGGAGACGGGAAGACCCACUACGGGAUCUACCCGGACUGCGGUAAGCCCAUCCCGUUUGCGAGCGCGGGGGCGGCGGGCGGCGGUGCGACGGCGGGGGCGAAGCCGGCAGCGGCAGCUAGCACAGGAGGAGGAUGCUGCUGA